ACACCUGUAUAUAAAGAUGGACUUCAGCUUUGGUGAUCAAAAACACAGGAAGCGCUUUGACCAACAGCCAUCAUGGGAAAGAUUAUCUUCUACGAGGACAGGAACUUUGAAGGCCAGCACUAUGAGUGCAUGAGUGACUGCGCUGACCUGCACUCCAUGUUCGACCGCUGCCGCUCCAUCCGGGUGGAGAGCGGCAUGUUCAUGAUCUACGACCGCCCCGGCUACAUGGGAACCCAGUACUUCAUGAAGAGGGGAGAGUACAACGACUACCUGGGAAUGACGGGCAUGACUGAGUGUGUCAGGUCCUGCCGCAUGAUCCCCGUGCACAGCGGCAACUUCAGGAUGAGGCUCUACGAGCAUUUCGACAUGGGAGGUGAGAUGAUGGAGCUGACAGACAACUGCCCCAACCUCAUGGAUCGUUUCCACAUGUCCAACUUCAACUCCUGCAACGUGAUGGAGGGCCACUGGCUCAUCUACGAGCAGGCCAACUACAGGGGGCGUCACUACUACGUCCGGCCCGGCCAGUACAAGAGCUUCAACGAGUGGAGCGGCAACAACUCCAAGAUCGGCUCCAUCAGGCGACUCAUGGAUCUCUAAAGACAGAAGUACAGUUCUUGUGAAAUGUCUGCUCUUUGCCUUGUUUCACACGCUGAAUAAAAUGGCGUCAGUGCUCAAUUGUA